AUGGAUUUACCUGAUGAGAUUCUUCUUAUUUUUAAAAAAUUGGACAAUGCUAAAGUACUGUACUCAUUCAUAGAUGUUAAUAAACGAUUUAAUAAACUUGUACAUGAUUCAAUUUUUACAAAUCGUUUAACAAUGACAAGAUGUUUUUUUUAUGGUGGUCCAUUUCCUCAAUCAAAUAAUUCAAUACUUGAUCGAUUUUGUUCACAAAUUUUACCUUCGAUUCAUGAUAAAAUCAAAUAG